CACGUGACUCAGCUCCCGCCGCCAUAUUGCGUUAGUGCGAUGGUGAGAGCGUUUUGCCGUCACUAAUAUUUAAUUAUUAAAAAUUAUCUUUUACAAUUAAAUAGUGGAGCGUACAUGUGAAAUUUACCUCAAAACGUAUUAAAAGACAUUUUAAUUCAUCUCGCUUCAUCACAUAUUGUUUGUAAACGGUCAGUUCAAAGAAGAAAAUUGUUCUGGGUUUCCACCAUUGAAGUAACCAAGUGGUGAACGAGUAUCAGGAAAGGUCCUAAGAAGCGUACCGAAGGCUGUGCUAGGUACUGUCACAUGGAAUGUAGCUUUAGCUCAAUAUGAAUGGAGAAGUGAAUGGAACCAUGGAAGAGCCUAUGGAGAUAGCUCCUGCUUCACCUGUGAACCCACUACACUGUAAUAAAAUUACCUCUGAAGACUGUAAACUUGAGAAUAAAUUGGAGGAUAGUGAGAGUACAGAAAUUAAUAAUCAUUUAGAAAAUAAUGAGAAGGAGCCUGAAGAUAAGGAGGUCUCAGUGCCCAAAGAUGGGGACAACCAUCAUAAGGAUAAAAGUCUGGAACAAACUUCAGAUUUAGCACCUACUAAGGAAACUAGUAAUAGUGUUAUUGAAAAUCCUUUGCAAAAUAAUUGUAGCAAUAGUAAUGAAUCAUAUCCAGAGUCCUUAAAUAGUAAUCAGGAUAAGACUAUAUUUGUAGAGCAGAAGAUAAUAAGUUGCGAAGAUGAGAAGAGCAAAGACGGGGAGGCAGAAAACAAUUGCAGUGCAGCUGUGACCAUCAAUGAUGAGGAAUCUGACGAAGAGAUUGACUCUGAAGAAGAUUCAUCUGAAGAAGGAUCAGAGUUGUCUGCCGUGCCAAGAGCUGAGGACACUGUCAGUAUUAAUUCAGACUCCGAGCCCGAUCGCGGCGAUGACACGUCACAAGAGAGUCAAAGAAAUAACAGCAGCGAAAUAAUCAUCUUAGAAAACGACAAUGGACCUGACAACCAGAAUGGCAACUCCCGCGAUUCCGCAACCGCUGAGAUUCACGAGAUUAUAAGUGAUAAUGAUAAUGACGAUUGUGUCAUGACUAAUGAUGAAAAGUCCAGUUCAAGUGUUAGUGAGAAUAGAGUACAGCUGCGACGCAGCAAUAGAGCAAUUAAAAGAAAAAUUUACAUUGACGAGGAAAUGGAAAAUGGGGGUGACGGAUCUGAUAUUGAAGAGGUAGCGAUGGAAGAUCCAUUAACUCGUAAAUCCAAGCCUAUAGUCGUAAACGAUACUAAGGCCUUAGUUGCGAUGGCAGCGAAGCAAUCUAAGAUGACUAUUAAUAAUCAGAAAAAGGAACCCACAGUUGUUAUUAUAGACACCAAUUCAAUUAUUUCUGGUAAGAGUUCGACGCCAGCGCCCCCGAAGUCGUCCGUAACGUCUAUGACGGCCGAGAAUUUAUAUCAAAGUAUUGUAGCCCGUGGCACGACCGUUACCCCAGUGAGUAGUAAAACGGCUAGCAGCAAUAACACUGCUACUUCCCAAAAUGCAACUCAGACUGCGCAACCGAACAUACUGCCUUCUUUAACUGACGACAUGUUCGUCGUAGAAGCACCCUCGUUUAUCGUACCUUACGUGUAUGAAAAACCUUCCAUAAAGCCAUUUAGAGAAUUUGUAGACAUAUUAGGUAAAGAAUUAGAAGAACAAAGAGCCAAAGAAGAACAAGAAAGAGUAGAAAAAGAAAAACUGGAGAAAGAGAAACGAGAGCAAGAGAAAAAAGAAAAACGGGAGCGAGGUGAAGAAGUGGAAGACUCCGAGGAAGAACAGGAGAAGGAACAGGACACCGCCAAGGAUGACGCUGACGAAGACGAAAAGAAAAAGAAAAAGGCAGAGAAAAAAGAAAGGAGACGUCGUAAAAAUGAAGAAGAAGAUGAUGUAUCAUGGGAUGGUGAAAGUUCCACAGAUUCAGAAGAUGAUAUUAAUAGUGACGAAGAAGAUAAAACUGUUGUUAUUAAGGAUAAAGCUGAUUCUAUAGAGGAAAUUAAAGACGUAACAGAACUAAUUACAGAUAAGGUUACCACUGGAAAAUCAGACAAUUAUUUUGAUUGUUCGCUUGGGAAGUUCUUCAUAAAUAUUGGACUGAACUUUGUGCAGGAAUAUGUACAAAAUGAUUUAUUGAAACAGCAAAACCGAAAACUUUACAGGGAAAAGAAAGCCGGUCACAGCACGAAAGCGACCGAGUCUUCUAUAGCAUCCCUCAUGAAAAAUCUGGAGUUUAGUAAAGAAAACAAUGCACCUUACCGAUAUCCUCAAAUUAAAUGUGAAUUUUGUAGUUUCAAAACUGAAUCCAUGUUAGUAAUGGCUCAUCACCUGGAAACGCCUCAUAUGAAAAAUAACGUGUAUAAAUGUAAUUUCUGUGCAUUUGAAAUUCGAAGUCCUCAUGAUAUUCUUUACCACAUGGAAGCGGAGCAUAAUACACGGGGGAAGUUAGAGCGAGCGCCAGCUUACCACCAGUGCGCGAACUGCCCCUUCGAGGACAACGGGAAAGGCAAGCUCGCCCGGCAUCUCAUCCCGUGUGCUAAGAAAUUCAAGCCAGAAAUAAAUCUGGCGCCACCCGUUGAGUGGGAACCUCCAGCCAAAAUACCAAAGAUAACAAGAGCACGGAAUAACAUGUUGGGAUCGUAUCAAGGUGGUUUCGGUCGACCGCAGCUCGGAAACAACAUGGUCCGCGCGCCGAACAUGGCGAACGUGAUGGGCGCGGGUGCGGCGUUCCGGGCGCGGGGUCGCGCGCCCCUACCCGCGCAGCCACGCCCAGCUAUGCUCGGUUCUACCAUGAUUCGAGGCGUCAUGGUGCGGCAACCUACGCCCGCUCUGAAUAACAACAAGAACGCCAUGGUGGGCAAGUCGAUGCACCAGCCAUCGAUCUCAAUCACGCCGCUGCCGCGGCAGCCGCAGCCAGCGCCCGCCCCCGCGCACACCAAGAGCACGUUCGUCAUCUGCGAGAUCUGCGACGGCUACAUCAAGGACCUCGAGCAGCUCCGCAACCACAUGCAGUGGAUACACAAAGUCAAAAUACACCCCAAAAUGAUAUACAAUAGGCCGCCGCUCAAUUGCCAAAAGUGUCAAUUCAGAUUUUUCACUGAUCAAGGGCUAGAACGGCAUCUGCUGGGGUCGCACGGCCUCGUGACGAGCUCCAUGCAGGAGGCAGCCAACAAGGGCAAGGACGCCGGCCGGUGUCCUGUCUGUGGCAGGGUAUAUCAGUGGAAGUUGCUCAACCAUGUAGCUAGAGAUCAUAAUCUGACGCUUAAGCCGGCGCAUCUAUCAUACAAGUGCACAGUAUGCACAGCUACCUUUGGAAUGUACAAACAGUUCGAGAACCACGUGUACUCGGCGCAUAGCGUGGUGGCCAAGCGCGUGAUGGACAAGAGCAAGUCGACCGCGCCCGCCGCCAAGCCCAACGACUCGCUGCUCAAGCCGCUCAAGAUCAACGACGAGAUAACCAUCAUACCGCAGCCGGUCAAGGCCUCCACCCCCACGCCGGCGAAGGAUAAAUAAUGAGGCUCGGCCGGGGACGCCGCCAGCUUGCCGUCGCCUCUCGCCACGCGCCACCGCGUCGUCUGCACUCGACGCCCAACAGUCAACCAUUAGUAUACAUUCCAAUUACAACCUACAAAAAACUAUCUAGAAAUGUCACUUAAAACAAUAAUAUCACUGAUACCUAAAAGCAAUAAAUUAAGAGCAUAUCUCGAGAUGUAAUUUGAACUUUUUGCUUUUUAGGAGUCGAAGUUCCUGCGACUUAUAGCAAUGUGUAUGUAUGUGUUACUGUAUUUGGUACUGAGGAAAUUUGCACUGCCUAGGCUAAUUGAGCCAGUGAUAUGUUGAACGACUGUUAUACAAUCCGUUUGACAGACUAAGAUUUCUUGGCUUAAUGUUAGUUGUGCUGCACUGCCGCAGACAAAAGCGCAGUUUUAGUGACUAAACUGCACGUUAGUGAUUAAAGGUUUUAACGUGGCAUUAGUGAGCCUUUGACAAAUUGGAAUGUAUACUAAACACUUAGAGCAUUUUUCAAUGUAGGCUCUAAAUACCUCAGGAUUUUUAUCGUCGAAAAUAAUAGAUUUAAAAUAUAUCUUUUGUUACAACAUCGUGUUCUAUAGUUUGAAAUAAAGGUUCUGAAUAUAAUUUACAUAUAUAUACAUUUGUGAGGGGCUGUGUUAUAUGCCUCGUUUUUGUAUAAUUCAUCUAUAAAGUUAGGUAAACGAUUUAUCUGAUAUUAGAAUCUUAAUGCACCGAAAUUAACGAAUUUACGGUUUAGUUGCCGCAGCUGUAAAGGGAUCACCCUACCGAGCAAAUAAUAGUUUAAAAAUGAAAGUUGUUUUGCGGGUCAACAGCUUCGUAUUGUGACACAGCUCACUCUCUGCAGGCCACGUAGCGUUGCAACUUACAGAAACGUCCUCGAAAGGCUGCGAUGAGGCUGGUCUUCUAAAGUUGGUGUUAAGGAUGCCGGUGCAUCUGAUCGUCAAACAACGAACUGCAACAUGUUGAUUUUAAAUCAAUAGCAUCUUGGACCCACAGUUUGGUUUCCACAAUAAUUAUUGUUUUUUUUAAAUGUUAAUAGAGCUUUAUAAGACCAGUCCGCAGUUUUAAUGUCGGUAUCUAUAUGUACAUACAUAGUAAAAAAAAAAAUAAGUGUCUCAUUUUAAUGAGAUGUCAUUUGUCUAGUUUUAUAUGCAGUGUUACCGAUUUAUAACGAUUUUAGAAUUCACGGAUCUUUAGGGGAGAAAUACAGGAAGACUUCAUAGACGAAAUACAAAACACUUUGUUCUGGCACCACAAAUACACCUUCAUUGUAAACAUUGGAUAAUGGUAAUUUUACCUAAAGAAUUCAGGGUUUGACUUACUGUUAAAUUUAUGACCUCGACCUUUAGUUAAAUAUUUAAAUUGUUAACUCCAACAAAUUUACUACGUCCAAACAGUUUUCGAACAUAAGUAACAAUGACUUUAUUGGACUUGUGUACGAAAUGUCGUGUACGAAAACUGCACUAAUCCGGUCUAAUCCCAAUAAAGCCUAUUAUCGCCACAGGUUUACACCCGGACCGGAGGCGACCGGUAAAGCGCUAAGAUAUGAAAGAUAGUUUUAAUUAUUUUAACAGCGUGCGAUUAGUCGAAGUCCAAAUAUUAAAAAAAGUUUUGUAUUACGUCCGGAAGUUACUGUAUAAAUCUCAAAUAUAAUUAAAAGCACUGGGCACGCUAAACGAUUAAUCUUGGCUGGCUACAGGAGCUCGAUUUAUAUCUUUGCAAAAAUGCCUUAAGAUAUCGUCUAGCUAUUGGAACAUACAUGGAGUCUAAACGGACAAGAUAUUACCGUGUUUCCGUUAUUUCUAUAUAGUUAUUUCCCUUGCUCUGACUGGCCGCAAAAUGUCAUAAGCUUUUUCAUAAGCCCUUCUUACGUAGGUAUACGUUUGAACUAAAGGCCAUGUCACUUGAUAAUUAUUAGAAUACAUUUAAAAAUUGAAGACAAACGUCAUGGGAGAAAUUUAGUACACAGAAAAUUCAACGGUUUUAAGUUAAAAAUUUAAAGGAGGUUUUUCUUAGUGGAAUUAAAAAAAAUGGUGGUGGUGGUCAUACGUGUUUUCGACUUCGUACCGUUCCUGAUAUACGAUUUCAUUGGAAAGGCUUAUACAGAUAGGGAUAUAUAUGUUAUUUUAAAACAUAUACAUUUAUACAGAUACAAAUACAUCAUAUUGCCGACUUGUAGCGGGCUUGAAAUGUUUUGAGCUGAUUUGGCGCCGUAGCCAUGAUAACGAUCGUUUAUAACCAAAUGCCAAUAGAAAAAUAAAAAUUCAAGAGAAUGACAGAUGCGAUCGAAACGUAACGUGAUAAUUUCCAUAAAUUCAUUGACAUAUAUCUAAGGACGGAUCUUACGGGCAAUAUGAAUGGGGCCAGUGCAGCGGUGUCACUCUUGGUUGAUGAGUACGCAUCACGCGCGCGUUUGGUCGCAAAUAGUUGCGUUAGACUGCACGAUUGGCUCGAAUACUGAACUAGCACCAUUCUUAGUGCCCGUAUGGCCCGUCCUUUUUAGAUAUAGAUGCAUAAAUUAGGUAUUAGUUUCGAAUCGCGUUUUUUAUAAGCAAUUGUCAUCUGGCUAGGCCCCCUGACAUGUUGAAGAUUGCAAUAGUUUUGCGAAUAGUAAUAAGUAAUACGCAACUUCUCUAAUAACAUUUCUUGUGCAUCUCGGGCGUGCUUGUAUUUUUACAAUUUGGGUUGAACGGAGAAUCAAUGGCUAAAAUGACACCCAGUGAUCGAAGAUGUAUACUUAUUGUAACUGGCGAUUACCAUUGUUGCAGUUCUAGAAGAUACGAACCAAAUAACUGUUUCAAAUAUAAAAUAUUUACGUUGAAUAAAUCAUUAAGUAGUAUAAUUAAACAAACCAUUUCCUUGAUGAGGAUGGUAUCUAAUAUUUUAGCAUUACCAGUAUCCGUCUGUUUUGUUUUCUAUCCAAGUUCACAUAUUAUUAACUAAAACGGGACUAAAUUGUGUGCUCAAAAACUACUUAUCACCUGCAGCACAUGAUUCACGAACGUCUAUAAGGGAAAUGCAUUUACCUACAUAUCUCAUUUCUAUAUUUCAUACCGAGAUAGAUGAUAUUCAAAUGAUAAUUUCCCCGGUAGCCACCUUUCUCGUAGUCUUUUCGGGAGCGCGGGCACAAUGUGGCCAAAAGUGGGAUGUAACUUGUAUUUAUUUACGCGAAUAAAUCCCGUUUUAGUUACUAAGGAUAUGUAUGUAUGUUUAGUGGUUUGUAAAUUGUAUACGAACGACAUACUUAUAUGUUCUCAUUUCAAGAAUAUGACAACAUACUCUAAAGUGUCUACUUAACAAGACUUGACCCACGUUACGUUACACACGACUAUUUAAGUUUACUUGAAGUGCCUUCUAUAUCUUAAAUCAUUCUUUUAAAUAGUAUCUUUGGAAGACAACCACAUUUUGCUGCGGAUGAAAAGUGUUCUAUUAAUAGUGCCUAUUCACUUUGUAGUUUGAACUGUUCUGCAUCGCUCAUCUUAAUUGAUUAAGGGAAGACAUGCCACACGAAUAUUCAGGUAAAUGCCGACCUGUUUUAAUUUCGAGUGCCGACAUGUAAAUUUUGCUUGUCGUAUUUUCUAGCUCUAAUUAAUACCAGUUUCCUAAGAUAGGGGUGCCGAUUUCAAGGUAAUCAUACAGUAAUGCAAUAACCAGUAAGUGGUAAGUAGGUAUGUUAGGUACUACUGACUGAUGUUUCCUUGGUUGUAGAUAGAGAUGUGAUUUCAACAGACAAUUAGCUGCAUGCAUGAAUAUUUUUUAAUUUUUUAAAUCAUUAUUUAUAUCGGUUAACACCGAAAAACAAUAAAAAUACUUUUAUAAAUCUUCACAUUAUUUUAUUAAAAAAUAUUUAAAAUGUUGAAACGGACACAACUGACGUUUGUUACUAAUAUUGCUCGUGUAUUUCAGCUACUCGACACUAAUGAUUCGUUUUAUUAUUUUUAAAUACUAUGAAUGAACCUGAAAACCGUUCUAUAGGCAUUAUCUAUUGCCAAAGCAUACAAAAAAUUAGAAGUGCAGCUCACAAUGUACAAUAGCACUCAAUAUUUUUUUCAAUAAAAAUAAAAUCGAACAAGAGUAAACCAAUUUUGUUUGUAGAUAUCAAUCGAUCUGGUGGCAAAAUACUUUUUACCUUUUGGGCUGGACCAUAAGCUUCGGAGGUAAGCAGUAGGUAUGAAGUCUGAUAUCACUUAUAUUCAUUAAUUUAAUGUAAAGUUUUUGAUUUAACUAAGUAUUUACGAAUUUAUACACAAUAUUGAACAGCAUAUUUAGUCAAACCUUUGCACAAAACUUUUUAAAUUGUAUAGCAUAGACAAUUUGCCAGUUCUUAAGGCUCGUCUAGACGGGAUUAUCAAAUUUACCAAUUUGAUCAGAAAAUUAAUUGGCAUCAAUCUCAUCUAUUAGUGUUUACACAAUUUUAAUCACCAAUUUUAGAUUUACGAUAACACUCAAGUGCUCAAAUUUUUAAAAAUGUCCCCAAGCACGCAUACUAAUGCGUUGUAGGAGACCUAAAUGUCGAAAUCAAUAUGAUAUUCUGGCCCAACCAAAAUUUAAAAAUUGUAGGCAGGAGUUGACUUGUGGUUGAAGAUUUUUUAUUGAUCUCAAAAGAAAUAUACAUUUUACUUAAUGAGAUACAGACAUGCAUUAAUGAAUUCUAUGUUAAUUUGCGCCCCUGAGCGACAAUUUGAUUAUAUUUACAAUUACAAUUUUAAUUUUAUUACACUAAGUAAACUUCCCAUAGAAAAUUUGAAUUUCUUGCAUUUUUCUACUAACAAGUUGGGUGUGGUUAAAUAUAUUUUCAAUGUUUAAUUUAAAUUUAAAAGAUCUUUUAAAAUGACAAUUUAUUUGGCUGAUUAGCUCUGAAGUUGGCACUGUUGGUGAGUCUUUGUCUAUUGGCGGGAAUGCAAAAUUAAAAGCGAAGCGUAUGAUAUUGGGAGGAGAGGAAAACACUUGGAUGUAUUGUUUCGGAAUUGUAAUAUACUGGUGAUAGACAUCUACCAUAAUACAUGCAUCGACAAACCUAUAAUAAUGCAAAAACAUCCGUAAUUUCGUGUUACUAACUGCAAACUAGUGUGUAGCGAAAAAACUUUUGAUCGACGUGUUGUAUGUAAGUACGUGCAAGUUUAAAUAAUAACAGUAUUGAAACUCAACCAAGUGUUUAUCUAGAAGUAGUCGACAAUAACCGAUGUUUGAGAAUAACUAUUUUUAAUUAAUCAAACGCGACUAAAAUACAUUUUUGUUUCAAAAUCAGUGCGACGUAGAACAAAACAACAAAUCUGACUGAACUGUGACGUCACGUGACGUUUCGACCAAUUGCAUUGCGUUUCGCUCAUUAGCAUUUCGCGCGCAAUUUGUGUGAUUUUUAUUUAUUAUUUUAAGCAAUUAAAUGAUAAUUUUAUAACUGAAAUGCAUUUGUAACAUCCUAUAACGAUAAUAAUCAUUCGAAUAAAAAUUAUUUGGUUCAAAUUUAAAUUUCAUGCAUGAGGCUUUCAGGCUUGUUGCAAGCUGUUGGAGCAGCGACCCCACGUACCCGAGUGCUCCUGUGGAGUUAUGUUACUCACAAGAAGGGGGGGGGGGGCAGGAUUCUCUGCCUCUGGCUUGCUUAUAAGCUUCAGGGAUGGAAGUGAAAGAUGCAUAAGACGCGAGUUGGCACAAUGGCUGUUAAUAGCCACUGGGGGCACUGGGUAAAAAGCGGCGCACGCCUCGACACUCUUGAGCCGAUCACACCUGUUUUGUUCUUGAGCCGUCCUAGGUGUCGCUUAUUGUGGUGGCCCAGCUUGUGAGGCUGAGUAACCGUCUGCCGGAAAUAAAAUUGCAUACCGUUUUAUUAGGCAGGCGUCAGGUUUUUAUCCCAUAGUCCAGUACUUAGUCGAUCGCUUUCACUCGAUAACCUAGUUCAUUUUAGAUUCUAUUAACUUUCAAUAGUCCUUUUACCCUGGCGGGUGCUGCUUUUGCGUUCGUCUCAUGACACGGGCAAGGCAACAUCCGCUCGCUGUCGGCUUCGGCUCGGCUGUACGUGUUGGCUUCGGCUCGGUGCACGGUGAUGGGAGAGACAUAAAAGUUAUACUCUUUUUCUUCUUCGUUGCCGCAUCACUCCGGUCGCGACCACAUAAGAUCGUUAUUAUGUGCACCAAGGCUCCAUUCUGCACGAUUUUCCACCUUCCUAAUAAUAGGCGCCUGUAUAGAUUCCUGGCAGGCCUUCUUUACUAUGUCCACCCAGCGGUUUGGUGGAUAUCCACUACCCCGUCCUCUAUCCACCAUGCCAAACAUAAUGCGCUUUUCGAAAUUGUCCGGAUUCCGUCUGGCUACAUGUCCAAAGUAACUAAUGAUCCGCUGGAGACAAAUAUAACAUAACAACCGGCACUGGUUUUUUAAUUCCGUCCGCAGUGAUCAGUAAACCCCGUAGUCAGCAAUAAACUUUUUGCGUCUCUCCACUCACUGAGGCGUCUUCAAAAUUUCCUUCCUCUUCAAACCAAAAUAACUCUCGCUUGUUCGGUGUCAUCAAUUCGUACCUUCGAAGUGCCGUCAAGAUACAGGUUUUGUAUGAGGAAGAUUAGGUGGUCCGGUAUACCCAUAUCUCUCAUAACUUCGAACAUUUUUACCCAACUAAUGCAAUCAAAGGCUUUAGCAUAAUCUAUGAAGCAUAGAGCCAUUGGCACAUUGAACUCUCUGGCCUUUUCAAUCAACUGCCUUAAGUUCAAUAUCUGCUCUCUUGUGCCCCCACCUCUAACAAAGUCUGCCUGCUCCUUUGCAAUCUACACGCUGAUGAAUCUUUCCAGUCUUUCUAACCUUACUCGCAUGUGAUGUGAGAGAAAUUGUGCGGUAGUUCCCGCAUUUCCUGGUAGAGCCUUUCUUGUGUAGUGGAACGACAACGGAGUCCAUCCAGUCCUCCGGCCAUUGACCAGUUCUCCAAACAUUAUACUCUACUUGAGGGUAAAAAUAAAUGAUCUAUUGUCACUUCUUGAUUUUUGAGUUUUAGUGAAUUUUAAAUUUGUGUAAGAAUUCGCGCGGCAUAAAUACGACAGGCUUGGUUAAAACGUGAAGCCCAGUCUAGAAAAGAUAUAUAUGCAUCGUAAUAGCUCUUUUUGGCUUGGCCUCAAUAUUUUACCUUAACUCAGAUACCGGGAAUAUAAUUAAGAUACGAAAAAAAUGCAGCAAUAGUACAAGACGUAAACAGUUUUUUGACAAGUCUAAACGACUAAAAUCGCAAAAACAUAGGAAAUAAUAAUAUAAGCAGUAAUUUGAGUGUCAAUAGGAGAUGAGAAUAUUUUAUUACAAUAAUGCAUCAGUGUUGCCGAAUAUUCGUGGCAUCUCUAUUCAUUACAUUUUUUAUUAAACAUUUCCACCAGAUCCUUAUUAUUUCCGUUUAAACUAGCACCACGUUGUCAUAGGAGUUUUUAUAGAUCAUCCCCUUUUAAAUAUCCGUAGUAUGCCAUAAUAUUUAGGUUUUUAGAGCUCCGUACAAAACUUUGUUGUUGACGGAGCUCUUAUGGAAUCACUGUUAUUUAUAUAUGUAUAUAUAUAUAUAUAUAUUUUAUACUACGUCGGUGGCAAACAAGCAUACGGCCCGCCUGAUGGUAAGCAGUCUCCGUAGCCUAUAUACACCUGCAACUCCAGAGGAGUUACAUGCGUGUUGCCGACCCUAACCGUAUCAAUUCUCCCAUUUCUCGACAUUAUUAAAUUCUGUAUUUUAAUUAAAAAUAAAAUAAUUUAAAAAUAUAUAUAUAUAUAUAUAUAUAUAUAUAUUUGCUUAACACUGUUACACAAUAAGUAUGUACCGUAAACUCAGGUAACUUUAGUCCACAACUUUCAAAUUCAAGUUCCAGUAAAAUAUGUAUAAGUAUUUUUCAAAUUAUGUUGAGUAUGUAAUGUAGAAAAAGCAUUAGUAUAUCCAAGCUCGAAAAAGUCGAAAAUAAAUGUAAUGAGUUCCAAAUUUGUAGUACAAAUCAGAACGGCUUGUUAAUAAUCAACGUUAAAAACUGGACCACAUUUGUAUUAUAGGAUAGGAUAGGCUAUAGUUACCUGAGUUUACGGUAUGACAAAUUUGCUACUUUUAUAAAAAAAAAAAAACAAGAAUGAGAAUCUUUAUCGCUGUUCGUGUUCGUAGAUUAAUUUACCCCGCAUAUUAUUAUUAUGCAUCUAAAUUCUCUUUAGGUGAAAAUUAGGACCCUCGAGUACAAUGGGAAAACUCUUAAGUAAAUCGGCAAUUUCCAUUAAACAACACAUAGAAUUUGUGUUUGCCUGAUAUAAUCCCCCUUAUCUUAUAUAAAUAGAAUAUCAGCCUAAUCCAAUGUUUGUUUUGAUAUCUCAUUGUAAUUAUUCGAUGCAUCUUUGCGUGUAGUUAUAUAUCCUGAAAUUGAACAGGUGUCAAAUAUGCCUAGAUUUUAAUCAAAUGCAUUUCCUAAUUAUUUCGUUGGUGUACCUCAGAACAGUAUAUAUAUUGCUAAUUAAGAUAAGGCAGAAGUAUGUCAGAAAUUACUUAAAAUGUAACUCCAUCAUUUUAAAUUAUGUCGAAAUAUGUUGGUAAAUAUAUGGCCCUGCCCUAUUAUGGGCUAAACUACAUUGUAAUUUUUAUACAAAUUUAUACUAGAAGAGUAAAAAACGUAUGAAGAGUCCCAAUCAUCCCAUUUCGUUCUCAUUACUUUGUAUUCCGUAUAUGAAUACGUAAUUUUACUCUUGGCAUUGCGGCUACCAGUCAGAAAUACCUCAAGUGAUUCUUCAGUGGCUUGUUUCUGAAGGUGUUUGAUUAAAGUAAUUGUUUUAACACCCAAUGUCUACGAUUUAAAUAAAUAUAAUAUACCUAGUUUAUUGUCUUCAGAUGUGUCUCGGAAAAGAUAAAGACCAUUGAUUGAGUGAUUGUGUUAAUGAUUACGCAUUCCUAAUUAUUUAACAUUACUCUGUGUAAUAUCGGAGGUGCGUGGUAAAAUAUUUAUUAUUUAUAAUAAGAUUUUUAAAUUAAUGACUAGUUCGAACGAAAGUUUAAAAAAUAAUUUAAUAAUUAAUGUCCUAUUGUGUUUUUUAAUUUUUAUGUGCGUUGCAUGUUUGACGAUUGCGAUUCGUAGAUACCCUAAUUAAUUUAGGCAAAAAUAAUUUUAGAAAACGGCAGGAAAGAUUCAGAUUUGUAACACUUUUGUUAUCUGUAAAUAUUAGGUAUCGUUUAAAUAUUUGUAAUAAAGAUACCUUACCAUAA